CCGCUUGCACCCACUUUUGCUGUUGGAACUAAUCCGCUGCGCCCAUUUUCCGGCGCUGUCGAUAAAAAGUUUCCAUGUCACGUAAAUGGGAAGCACCCAAUAUAGGUUAUGAAGCAACAAAAAAAGAGAGAAUGUGUGUGUCAAACAAUGCAAAUAUUGCAGAUUAGUCGAACUUCGUGAAGUAUGAUAUAUAUACACACACUUGUGAUAUUGAUAUAUAUUAAUUAUAUAUAUUAAUAUCUAUAUUAAUGAUGCAUUUUAUGCAAAGUAAAGACACAUCGUUACUUGAUCUUCUCAAGUGGAGCAUGUCGCACCGAGUGUAAAUACCAGGAAUCGGUUAUGGACUGCAAGUACAACACGAGAUUAAAAACUUUAAAGUCGAAGCCGUUCCUAGUCGAUAUGAGGAGAGAAGUACAGUGGCAAAAAAAUCUCUACGAAAAUUACGGCCUGCCGGACAAUUAUACAGACAGUUCCUUCUUAGAACAAUUGCGCAAGAAUGUAAAACCCAAUAAUGUGACAUUAAUGGAAGCGAUCAGUUUAGGAGCUAGUAUAACUAUACAAUUGAGUAUUGUGGUGCUUUUUGUAAUAAUAUUUAUUUGGUUAAAUAACGAGUGGACAACACCAGAUAUCAUUGCAGUAUCGGGAGGCGUGUUAACGAUUCUUGGUUAUUUUAUUUACAAUGUCAAAGUACCCGAGAGAUCUGUAAAACUAACUAAGGACUUAUGGACAGUACUGAUAUUCCUCACAUUCGGCUACGUAUUAUCGCCAAUUUUGAAGACUUUGACCGAGACAAUCAGUACUGACACGAUAUACGCCAUGACAAUACUGAUGUUCUUGACCCACUUGAUAUUCAGCAAGUAUGGAUCGUCACAGAUUUCACUGUCAGAUUCCUUGUCGAUAACUUCCUCAAUUUUUGGCUCGUUAAUGUUAGCUUCCAGACUGGCAUCCCCAUCACACGCCUUCUCCCUUCUGACGGUUUCAGUUCAGUGUUUUGUAUUGUUACCGUUUUUAUUAUCGCAAAUGAAUAACAAAAUUGUUAUAUCGGCCGUCCUAACUGUCGGUACCAUAUAUCUACUUCUGUUUGUCUCGCAAACGUUUUCAUACGUUUUUAUCAUUGCUGUAAUAUUUAUUCACUUUAUUUGUCCACUAUGGUACAUUAGAUGCCAGAAGUACAAAGAUAAUAUUUAUGGUCCAUGGGACGAGGCGGUAAUUGCUUCUUGAAAUGGAUAAAGUGAAGGAUUCCUUCAUGAAUAUCACGAUCAUGAUCACACAGGAAUGUGUAUGUAUAUAUAGUAUAUAUCUGAAAACUGUAAAAUACAUAUGUAUUUUGAGAUGUAACAUUAUUUGCUCCGUUUUUACAUAGAACUGUUGUGUAUAUUACAUUAUUUAUAUUACUCUUGUGAUAAAUUAUAUUAACAUUUUCCAAGAAUGUAUUUUAUUACAUAUAUAUCAAGAAGAUAGACCGAAAAGAGAAUAAAAUAAAAAAUACAUUUAUCUAAUCUUUUUAUCUGUAAGUUUAUUUACAUAGGUAAAUCAAAAUCGAUUGUUAUAUAUAAUAAGUAAUUCCGAGUAUAAAAUAAUAAUUUCAUCAAUUCACUACACAUGUUCGUAACAUUUGUAUAACAGUAUAGUGAAUAUUGUUCACACAUAUUCUGCGUAACGAAGUGACGGCUGACGACGAGUAGAGAGUAUUCAAAGUAACAGAAUAAAAAAAUAUGUAUUUAAAGCUAAAAAA